AUGAAUGAAAGUCAUAAUCAUUCAGUCAAUACAAGUGGUUCAAUGAAAUUUUUACGGAUAUCACCUGAGGAGACUUUAGCAAAUGGUUCAAAAAACCCAAAUAAAGAAACUGUGGCAUAUUUACACAAAAAAUGGCGAAAAAAUAAUUUUGGUUGUGUAAAUAACCCAUUAGAAAAAUUAAAAGAAAAGACUCAAUCAUAUGCUGAAAAAGGUAUUUCAAUAAUAAUACAUGAAGAAAAACCAUGGGCAGUCUUGGUAGUUACUCCUCUCAUGAAAAGAGUCCAGCAUUUGUCAUCCUCCAAAGAAUUAAUUUUUUGUGAUUGCACAAGUAGCUGUGAUACCAUGGAGACUACUCUUACAACUGUACUUGCAGUGUCAAAUGCUGGAGCAGUUCCCAUAGCAAUGAUUAUGCAUGAGGGCCAAUCAAGUGAUAGCUAUAAAAAUGCUUUUGGGCUUCUGAAAAAGCAUUACCCAUUAUGCUUUGGUGGUAAUGAGGUACCUAUUGGCUUUAUGACCGAUGACUCUGCUGCAGAACGAUCAGCAUUAAAGACACUUUGGCCAUCAUCUAGAUUACUCCUGUGUUCAUUUCAUGUACUACAAAAAGAAUGGGGUUGGCUACAUGAAACUAAAAAUAUGGUGUUGAAGGAGAAACGUUUGCCUUUAAUGCGGAUGUUCCAAACAGUAGUGUAUGCUGCAGAUGAAGUCAAUUUGAAUGAAGCUACUUCCAAUAUUUUGAACUUAAAGGAUGAAUUUCCUAAUUUUGUUAAACGCUUUGAAAGUUAUUUCAAGAGAAAAAAUGAGUGGGUUUUAAUGUUUAGACGUGAUAUUAUAACCAGAGGAAACAAUACUAACAACUAUGCUGAAGCAUGCAUACGAAUAUUGAAAGAAAUUAUAUUAAACAGAACUAAGGCAUAUAAUGUAGUGGCUCUAGUUGAAUUCAUUUGUUAUGUGUGGGAAGACUAUUUAAUUCUUAGAAUACUAGAUCAUGCACAUAAUCGCCGGGAUAAUAUUCAACGAAAUUAUACUAAACUUUGUUCUCGAACAUCAAAUUUUAAUAUUGAUCAAGUAACUAAAAUAAGUGAAACAUGUUAUUCUGUGCCAAGUUCUGAUACUGAGAAUUCUGCAGUUUAUACUAUAGAUAUUCAAAUUGGUGUUUGCGAUUGUUAUGUCGGAUUUACUGGUGCAUUUUGCAAACACCAAGCCUUUUUACACAAACAUUUCAAUUUAUCUCUACCUAAUGCACCACCUAUAACUGUCACUGAAAGAUAUGCACUUGGGCAACUUGCUCUUGAAGAAUUUGAACAUAGUAACAUUGAUUAUGUGGCCCAUGCUAGUAAUCAAAUUGAGUCCUUUCCUAGAUCUGAAGACAUCUCAAAUAAAAAUCACACCAAUAUCCUUCAAUCAUUUAUAGCUGAUGAUAAAGUUGCAAAUAACAAGGUAAAUGAUGAACUUGAAAAAGAGUUUUUAAGAUUCAAAGAGUUUUUAAAUGAUGUGCCAUUAGAUAUUCGUCAAAAAUUAACAAAAAACCUAAAUGUGAUAAAAAAUGCACAACAAUUGACAAAAUUAAUGGUGACAUGUAGCCGAGGACUAAGUGUGGCAACUAAAAGAAAGAGACAAAUAAAGGUUCAACCAACUUCAAUUUCUCGUCGAAGACAAGGUGUAACUCGUGGCUCUCGAAGAAUUCCAGCUGGUAGACCUCCAAAAUCAGUACCUCAAAAUAAAGUCGCCAAAAAAAAACACAACAUUGGAAAAAACAUUAGUUUAGGACAAUCAAAUGCAAAAUCCCAUGGUAGAGGUCACUGA